AUGGCGUCUUUGAACACAGGCACGACGGCCAAGCGUCUGAUCGUUCUUUGUGAUGGGACCUGGCAGAACUCAACCAGUGGCGAAACAGGCAGCUACCCGAGCAACGUGACACGCUUCUCUCGCGCGCUGAGCCAAAUCGGAGACAAAGAUGGCCAGAAUGUGCCGCAGAUGAUAUUUUAUCAGCCGGGCGUGGGGACCGGUGACAAGGUGGAUAAAGCCACAGGAGGAGUCUACGGGGCCGGCCUCUCUGCCAAUGUCCGAGCUGCAUACGGGUUCCUCGCCCACAACUACAACAAAGGCGACCAGAUCUAUUUCUUCGGCUGGUCGCGCGGCGCAUACACUGCGCGAGCCAUUGCCGGCCUCGUCACCACUUUGGGGUUACUGACGAAGAAAGGCAUGGACCGGUUUCCGGGCGUGUACCAGGAAUAUUAUUACAGCAUCAACAAGAAACUCAAUCCGGGUCAGGCGCAGCCGGACAUGGCCAAACUCGGGGAAUUGGCCGACAACGAACUGCAUCCAGGAGCGGACAAGAGUGUUGAAAUCAUCGGCGUCUGGGAUACCGUUGGAUUCCAUGGUGCUGGGCUGGGCGAUGAGGAGUUCGAGUUCUACAACACCGCGCUCUCACCCAAGGUCAAGUAUGGGUUCCAUGCCCUCUCGUUGGAUGAGACCCGUGAAGCUUUCUGGCCCACACUCUGGGAUUCGACAAUCAUUCCCGGUCCCACCUCUAAUGCCGGAACUGGUACUUCUUCUGGAACUGGACCAACUGUAAAACAAGUCUGGUUCUGCGGUACCCAUGCCAUUGGCGGGGGAGGCAGCGAUUCCGCAUUGGCUGAUAUCGCUCUGGGAUGGAUGAUUGCCGAAUGCAGCAAGACCAAGACAUUGUCUUUUGAUGAUUCGUAUUUGCUUGUCGGUGGUCCGGCAUCAUCCUCUCCCGGCACUCCCUGGCCCACCGCAAAUUAUCCGCCUAAAGCAGCAACUGGCAAUGGCAACGGUCUUCUGGGAUUCUUGACAGCAAUACCGUCCAAGCUGGCAGGAUUACCGUCCCAGCUGAAGACUGCCGCCGAAGACACCUUCUGGGCCGCCACCAACUUCGUUCUGCGCCGGAAGUCUGGAGUCCGCACUCCUAACGAAGGUCGCCUUCCGCCGCAGGGGACUAACGAGCGCAUCCACGAGUCUAUUGGGGACAGACGGCUUGUUGCUGCUGCUGGUGACACCAGUGGCCGCAUUUGGCCAUGCCGACCGAUCUCUGGUCGUGCCCGUCCUGCCACUGGGACAGCUACACCCACACCUCCGCAGUGGGCACUGACUGCUGGAGGUGUUCUUGAAGAAACGGUUCCUGAGGCUGAGGAGUUAAAGUUCAAGGGGAAGAUCAGGCCUGUUGCUUGA